AUGUCAGAAGAAAUUAGUAAUCACAUGGAUAAGUAUCAAGUAGGACGCUUGACAGAGUUAUGCAUCGUCAUUGAUGACAAUGAUAAUGUGAUUGGUGAAGAGGACAAGAAGACUUGUCACUUGUAUAAAAACAUUGAAAAAGGGCUCUUACACCGAGCUUUCAGUGUUGUCUUGUUCAACAGCAAAAAUCAACUACUGGUACAAGAGAGAUCAGACACUAAAAUUACCUUUCCAGGAUACUUCACUGAUUCUUGUUCUAGUCAUCCAUUAAGCAAUUGCCAAGAGCUAGAUGAAAAUAAUGCCAUUGGAGUAAGGAGGGCAGCUCAGAGGCGCAUGUGUGCUGAACUAGGAAUUCCCCUGGAAGAGGUUUCCCUGGAUGAUAUCAUCUUUAUGACACGUUACCAUUACAAGGCUCAAUCAGAUGAGACGUGGGGAGAACAUGAAAUUGCUUAUCUUCUAUUGAUGACAAAAGAUGUAACCUUAAAUCCAGAUUCCAGAGAGUUGAAAAAUUAUUACUAUAUGUCAAAGGAAGAGCUAAGAGAGCUCCUGGAGAAAGGAGCCAGAGGCGAAGCUAAGAUUACUCCAUGGUUAAAACUCAUGGCAGAGAAUUUUCUCUUUAAGUGGUGGGAUAGCUUACCAAACGUGAAUGAUUUUGUUGACCAUAAAACAAUACACCGACUAUAA